AGUGAAAACACAGAAAUUGUAAGAAAGAUGACGUCCAUUGUUACAGGCUUGCAGGGGCAGCCACCGGCAGGACACCAGCAAGGCUAUCCUUUUGUUGCCGGAAGGGACAAUGUUAUUGCAUGUGCCAAGCAUUUUGUGGGAGAUGGAGGUACAAAGGACGGUAUAAAUGAAGGAAAUACCGAAUGUCCGUACGAUGACUUAGAGAGGAUUCACAUGGAGCCUUAUGUGGACUGCAUUUCUCAAGGUGUUUCCACUAUAAUGGCCUCCUAUUCUAGCUGGAAUGGAACUAAAUUGCACGCUCACCGUUAUCUCUUGACAGAUGUUCUCAAAGAUAAGCUAGGUUUUAAGGGUAUUGUUAUUUCUGAUUCAAAAGGUGUUGAUCGGCUUAUGCAAUCUCAUGGCGACUACCGCAAUUGCAUCGCAGUGGCCAUUAAUUCAGGAAUUGAUAUGGUGAUGGUGCCAUAUCAGUACCAAAUAUUUAGGGAAAACUUAUUGUCAUUAGUGGAAUCAGGGGAGGUACCAAUGACCAGGAUAGAUGAUGCUGUUGAAAGAAUUUUGAGGGUCAAAUUCAUUGCUGGACUUUUCGAACAUCCUUUUAGUGACAGAUCUUUGCUCCAUGUAGUUGGUUGCAAGCAACAUAGAGAGCUGGCACGAGAAGCAGUUAGGAAGUCAUUGGUUUUGUUGAAGAAUGGAAAGAAAUCAAAUGAGCCUUUUCUUCCAUUAGACAAAAAAGCCAAGACAAUUCUUGUCGCCGGAACACAUGCUGAUAAUCUUGGAUAUCAGUGUGGAGGGUGGACCCGUAAAUGGCAAGGACGAAGUGGCAGGAUUACACAAGGCACAACAAUCCUGGACGCUAUAAAGGAAGCGGUAGGAGAAGAAACAGAAGUAAUUUACGAGGAAUCUUUGUCGAUAGAAACCUUAACAAGACAAGAUAUAUGCUAUGCUAUUGUGGCUGUUGGUGAAGGACCAUAUGCAGAAUCUUCUGGUGAUAAUAAAGAGCUUGUCAUCCCCUUCAAUGGGGCUGAAAUCAUAAACAUGGUGGCUGAAAGAAUUCCAACGUUGGUGAUUAUUGUAAGUGGAAGACCUUUAGUUUUAGAGGCAUGGAUGUUGGAUAAGAUAGAUGGUCUAGUUGCUGACCUUAUCUUUGGAGAUUAUGAUUUCCAUGGAAAAUUACCAAUGACAUGGUUUAAAAGUGUUGGCCAACUUCCAAUGGAUGUGGCCGAUGAUAAGGCCUAUGACCCUUUGUUUCCUCUUGGGUUUGGGCUACCUCUCUAA